AUGCAAAGGGGUUUGGAUUCACAUACUAAAAAACAACUAGAAGAAGAAGAGAAGAAGAUAAUUAGUGAAGAACACUGGUAUCUUGAUUUACCAGAUCUGAAGGAGAAGGAGAGCUAUAUAAUAGAAGAGAGAAGCUUUAUGCCAUGUGAGGAUCUACUUUAUGGCAGAAUGUCCUUCAAAGGAUUCAACCCAGAAAUUGAGAAGUUAAUGAUCCAAAUGAACUCUAGGAAGUGCAAGGAAGAAGAAAUUGAAGAGGAGGAGAAAAUGGAGGCUGAUGUGUCAGAUGAAGAAAUGGCCAGAAGAUAUGAAACAUUAGUGGGAACAAUAGGGAAGAAAUUUGUGAGAAAAAGAGACCAACGUGUACUCCACGAUGAAGAUGAAGAUGGGAAUAGUAACAUGAGACCUAGCAAAAAAGCUAAGAAAAAGUUCUUAAAACCUCAGGAUUAA